AUCCUCAUUUCCUCGGAGAUCGGAAAAUAUGGAAAAAUCCGGCUAUGGCAGAGACGGAAUUUACCGAUCACUACGUCCAUCGCUGGUUCUUCCCAAAGAUCCAAACACAUCGUUAGUCUCUUUCCUCUUCCGUAAUUCCUCAUCUUACCCAUCAAAGCUUGCUAUCGCCGAUUCCGAUUCCGGCGACUCCUUAACCUUCUCUCAGCUCAAAUCCGCCGUCGCUAGACUCGCUCACGGAUUUCACCGUCUUGGUAUUCGUAAAAACGAUGUCGUGUUGAUCUUCGCUCCGAAUUCUUACCAAUUCCCUCUCUGUUUCCUCGCCGUAACUGCAAUCGGCGGCGUUUUCACUACCGCGAAUCCUCUUUACACUGUGAGUGAGGUUUCGAAACAGAUCAAAGACUCGAAUCCGAAGAUUAUCAUCUCUGUUAAUCAACUGUUCGAUAAAAUCAAGGGCUUUGAUCUUCCCGUUGUUCUACUUGGAUCUAAAGAUUCCGUACAGAUUCCUCCGGGAUCGAAUUCGAAGAUUCUCAGUUUCAAUGACGUGAUGGAGCUCUCAGAGCCAGUUUCUGAUUACCCUUUCGUUGAGAUCAAGCAAUCAGAUACUGCUGCAUUGUUGUAUUCAUCAGGAACUACAGGAACAAGCAAAGGUGUUGAAUUGACUCAUGGGAAUUUCAUUGCAGCUUCGUUGAUGGUGACGAUGGAUCAAGAUCUUAUGGGAGAGUAUCAUGGCGUGUUCUUGUGUUUUCUACCAAUGUUUCAUGUUUUUGGUUUGACUGUGAUUACUUAUUCUCAGCUACAGAGAGGGAAUGCUUUGGUUUCAAUGGCGAAAUUUGAGCUUGAGUUGGUGCUUCAGAAUAUUGAGAAGUUUAGAGUUACUCAUCUUUGGGUUGUUCCUCCUGUGUUCCUUGCUCUUUCCAAGCAGAGUAUUGUGAAAAAGUUUGAUCUUUCUUCACUUAAGUACAUUGGAUCAGGAGCUGCUCCUCUUGGGAAAGAUUUGAUGGAGGAGUGUGGAAAAAACAUCCCUAAUGUUUUGCUUAUGCAGGGAUAUGGAAUGACUGAAACGUGUGGAAUUGUGUCUGUGGAAGACCCGAGACUCGGGAAACGGAACUCUGGUUCAGCUGGAAUGCUUGCUCCAGGUGUUGAAGCUCAGAUAGUUAGUGUAGAAACUGGAAAAUCCCAGCCUCCAAAUCAACAAGGCGAGAUCUGGGUUCGAGGGCCAAACAUGAUGAAAGGGUAUCUCAAUAACCCUCAGGCUACUAAAGAAACAAUAGAUAAAAAAGGUUGGGUACAUACCGGAGAUCUUGGAUACUUCAACGAAGAUGGUAACCUUUAUGUUGUUGAUCGACUCAAAGAACUUAUCAAAUACAAAGGCUUCCAGGUUGCUCCAGCUGAGCUAGAAGGUCUUCUUGUAUCGCAUCCUGAAAUACUAGAUGCUGUCGUUAUCCCAUUCCCUGACGAAGAAGCAGGUGAAGUUCCAAUUGCGUUUGUCGUUCGAUCACCAAAUAGCUCAAUAACAGAGCAAGAUAUUCAAAAGUUCAUAGCCAAACAGGUCGCUCCUUACAAAAGAUUACGACGAGUGAGCUUCAUCAACACUGUUCCAAAAUCUGCUGCUGGUAAAAUCUUGAGAAGAGAACUUGUUCAGCAAGUAAGAUCCAAGAUGUGAAGAAUCACGGAGACCGGAGAUCAGAAUCUGUGUCUUGCCUCUUUCCUUUCACCAUAUUUAUGUACCAUUUCAAAUUAAACGGUCACACAAACCACAAAAGUGAAUAAAUAAUCCAAUACCAUAGUCAAUACACUUUUUCUUUCAUUUGUUUUGGAUACAAACAAGCCAUAAGUUCUUUUUAUCGUUAUUUCAGAAGUCGCAAUAAACUCUAUUUAUUAUC